AGCCUGUAGCCUGCUCCUCCCUGCCAGCCUCAUUCAUCUGUCGACAACGACCGAGCCUUAUCAACGGUUCUUCGAAGCAUUGCUAUCUGGAUCAUCGCCUCGGAACAACUUUGAAUCGGUCAACCUCGUCAACAUCCCAGCCUCGAGCACAAUGGCUUCAGGAUUCGGGUAUACCCACUAUACGAUUCGGGCGCUGGCCAACAACUGCCUGACGAGCUUUUUCCGGGAGAUCACCGUCUUGGGUAGUGAGAAUGUUCCUCGGGAUGGUCCCAUCAUCUUGGCUUGUUCCCACACCAACAUGGCUGUCGACCCGGCCGUGUUGAGCUGCACGAUGCCGCACGACCAUCCCCUUCACUACUGGGUCAAGGACGCCCUCUUCGCGAACCCUCUGGCCGGGGCGAUCAUGCGUGCUGCAGGCAACAUUCCGGUGGACAGGAAGAACAAGAACAACCAGAGCUUGUUUGCCGGUAGCUUCGAAGCCAUGGUGAGGGGAGAAUGCAUCGCCGUCUUUCCCGAAGGGACCUCGCACACCUCGCCCCAGCUCUUGCCCUUUAAAGACGGCAUCUCGUGGUUGGCGCUGGAGUACCUCAAGUACCUUUAUGAAAUGCCCGACGGAGUACCUAAAAAGAAUGCCAGGAAGGCCGUCAUCGUUCCCGUUGGGUUGAGCUAUCUGGAUAAGAGCAAGUAUAGGAGCCGGAUCGUGGUCACGUACGGCGAACCGAUCAGGAUGGAAGGAUACGAAGAGGACUUCUUGAGUAAAGAAGAGGGAUCAUCUCGGUCGGCGGUCAAACGGAUGACAAGAAAGCUCGAGCUGGAGAUGAUGAAGCUCACGAUCAAUGCGCCCGACUGGGAUGCAGUGAUUGCCGCCAAGAUGGCGAGGGAGCUGCUGUUCGAGCGGAAGCACUCAUUGGCACCGGAGAACUUUGUUGACGUUUCUCAAACCCUGGUCGACCUGUUCACACAACCAUUCCCCUCGCCCGAGGUCGAAAAAGUCAAGACAAUCCUUACCGAAUACAACAACCUCCUCUUGACCGCCAAGUUGACCAAUCAGACGCUGUCUGAUCUGCCGGUACCGACCGAUCUGGACCCUUCCAAACCGAUCCCUCUGCCGAGUCGAUUCUCCACCCUCAUCCUCCUCAUCCGGGAUACCAUAUCGGUCCUCGUGCGCGUGCCGUUCUUCCUGAUGCCCAUGCUCAUCCACCUGCCGAUGUACUAUGUCGCCAAGCUGGGCGAAAACAUUGUCAGGGAGGAACUGGAAACUCAAGCUCAGAUGAAGAUCGUCUUUGGGAUGCUCUUCUCCCUGCUGGUCUACCCAGUCGUCUUCCUUGUCAUGUGGCUCAUGCUCGGCUUUACCUCUGUCGGUGCCAUCGUUGCUGCAGGAGGCGUUUACCUGUUCAACAUGUCUCACAAGACGCUCGUUGACGAGAACUAUGACAGAAUGACACGUCUUGUCGCGGCCUGGAGGGUUAUUGUCGGUAUCUGGACACCCAAAGCUAGGGAGAGACCGAUGGACUACCUGAAGACAUUCAUACCCGAGUCGGCUACCCCGGUCGGAGCCACACCCCCAGACGCUGUCAAGGCUUGGCAGAAGGGCGGCCCACCCGUCUCUGUGGCUAUCAAGGCGAACAAGCGCAAGGAGAAGCAGGCCAAGAAGCGCCUGCCCACACGUCGGCUCAUCAAGCACGUCCUUCGGAGCCGGGUCAAGGCAGCUCAGGCUCUCGAAGCCUUCUUGUCAGAGCUGGAGAGAUCUGAGAUCAGGAUCAACGCCAAGCCCUGGUUGGCACGGGCUGCUGCGUUCGGCGGCGAGGUCGACGAGGAUGUCGAUGCUAUCAACGAGACGGCGGAUACGGGCGACAUUGUCGAUCGGGUCCCAAUGGGUAGUCGGGCCGGAGCCGAGGUCGUCGAGUAUCUGCGAAAGAACGGGGCUGUCAUUUACCACGGACACGGUGAACUGAACGCCUGGGCUGCCGCUCAGAGCGAGUUUGAGGGGGUCAAGAGCGAUGACGAGUGAGAUUUUCGUUGAGAAGGCUGUCCGGUUUUAGAUUUUGUAGCUCCAGGCUUUCAGAGAGUAGUCAUUUUCGUUUUAUCCCUCUCCAGGUUUUACCGGAUUGUCGGUCAUAUCAGCGGGUAAUUUGACGCAGCUCGCUCCCUCGCCGUCACAAGUUGUCGCUCACUAGUGGAUCACUAACGAGGUGAUGCGUUGUCAUGCGGAUCUUAUUAUACAGGAUGUCACGGAUUCCAAAGUUAAUGGUAUGACUCGC